AACCAUGGCCCCCUGGACGCCGGGAAGCCGGUCCUUCUGUCUGCUGUGCUGCUGCUGCUGCUGUGCCCUGGCCACGCUGCUCGCCCACGCCGGCCUGGCCGUCGGAGCCGAGGAGGGGGCCUCGUCGGCGUGGUCCCCCCGGCCCGUGCUGCCCGUGAGCUACCGCCUGUCCCGCACGCGGCUGGCCUUCUUCCUGCGCGAGAGCCGGCCGGGCCCGGCGGCCAACGGCAGCGGCCACGGAGGUGGCCACGGCGGCGGCGACGGGCCCCUGCAGCGCGCCGAGCCCUUCGUCGUCUUCCAGACCAAGGAGCUGCCCGUCCUCAACGCCUCCCUGGGCCCGCUGACCACCAGCCGCGUGCUGCCCCGCGAGCUGCUGCAGCCGCCCAGCCCGCUCGACGUGCCCGGGCAGCUGACCGUCAACUGGAAGGUCCGCGCCUUCAUCGUGCGCCUCCGCGUGCCCGCCACCCAGCCCGUGGCCCAGGUGCUGUUCUACGUGGCCGGCCGGGACUGGGACGACUUCCGGGGGACGGAGCGCCUGCCCUGCGUGCGCCUGCACGCCUUCCGCCAGGCGCGCGACGUGCACGCCGCCUGCCGGCUGGGCGGGGGGCUGGCCUCCUGCCUGGCGCAGGCGCCCCUGCCCGCCGCCUGGUUCGGCCCCGCGCGGCGCCGGCGCCGGCCCCCGGGGGCGGGGCCGGGCGCGCCGGAAGGGGCGGGGCCGGGCGCGCAGGCGGAGCUCUACUACAGCCUGCACGCGCCCGGCCGGGAGGGGGCGGGCGAGGGCGAGGGCGAGUGCGCCGGCGCGGCGCCCGGCGCCCCCCUGCGGCGGGUGGGCAGCGUGCGCCUGGUGCCGCCGCCGGCCGCGCCUGCGCAGGAGGAGCAGCGCCUCGACGCCAACGUGUUCAUCCGGCGGCCCGGCGGGGCCCUCCGGCCCGGCGACGUCCUCACCGUCCUCCUCUGCCUCCACCCCAACGCCUCCGUCCACGCCUUCACCCUCAGGGUGAAGGCCAAGAAGGGGGUGACCCUCCUGCUCACCAAGUCCAGGAGCCCGCAGUGGCUGGUCAACUCUGAGCUCCUCCCCGGCGGGAAGCACUCCACCGCCACCGUCGACGUCUCCAGGGUCGGCGACCCCACCGUCGGGGCGGGCCCGGCGGCCCACGAGGUCCUGCAGCUGGACUUCGAGAUGGAGAACUUCACCAGCCAGUCGGUGAAGCGGCGCAUCCUGUGGCACGUGGAGUACCGGGCCCGCGGCCCGCCGCCCCCCGACCCCGACAAGGUGGUGACCGAGCUGACCGUCGUCCAGAGGGACAUCCACGCCAUCCUGCCCCUCGCCAUGGACACGGAGAUCAUCAACACGGCCAUCCUGACCGGGAGGACGGUGGCCAUCCCAGUCAAGGUCAUCGCCGUCGAGGCGACCGGCGCCGUGGUGGACGUCUCGGCCCUGGUGGAGUGCCAGUCGGACAACGAGGACAUCAUCAAGGUGUCCAGCAGCUGCGACUACGUCUUCGUCAGCGGGAAGGAGUCCCGCGGCUCCAUGAACGCGCGGGUCACCUUCCGCUACGACACGUGGACCGCCCCGCUGGAGAUGACCGUGUGGGUGCCCAAGCUGCCCCUUCUCAUCCAGCUCUCGGACGCCCACCUCAGCCAAGUGAGAGGCUGGCGGGUGCCCGUCCUGCCCGACAGGAGAUCGGUGCGGGAGAGCGAGGACGCGGCGGCGGAGGAGGAUGAGGAAGAGGAAGGCGGUGGCGCGGAGCGUCGUCCGAACCGUGGCUGCACCCUGCAGUACCAGCACACCACGCUUCAAGUCUUCACCCAGUUUCACACCACGUCCCCCGACGGGCCCGAGGGAGCCGAGGGUCCCGGGGCGCCCGCGGGCCCGGCCGUCACCAUGCUGGGCCCAGACUGGCUGGUGGAGGUCACCGACCUGGUGGGCGACUUCAUGAAGGUGGACGACCCCCGGGUGGCGCAGAUGGUGGACGGCAGCACGCUGGCCGGACGGGAGCCGGGGGUCACCCUCUUCAAGGUGGUGUCCCCGCUGAUGGAGGCGGUGCUGGGCCAGACGCCCGUGACCGUGUCGGACGAGAAGGUGAGCGUCACCGAGCUGAAGGCGCAGGUGGUGUCCAGCCUGUCCCUCUCGCUCCAGCCCAGCCCCCGCGGCAGCCACACCAUCCUGGCCAGGACGGACGCCCAGCAGACCCUCAGCUUCGUCAAGCAGGAGGCCCUCCUGAGCCUGUGGCUGUCGUUCAGCGACGGCAGCACGGCCCCGCUGUCCCUGUACAGCCCCAAGGACUACGCUCUGCUGGUCAGCAGCCUGGACGAGAGGGUGGCCACGGUGGCCCAGGCCCGGGCCUUCCCGCUGGUGGUGGCCCAGGCUGAGGGCGCGGGGGACCUGCUGCGGGCCGAGCUGACCAUCGGCGAGAGCUGCCAGAAGACGCGGCGCAAGAGCGUGCUGGCCACCGCCCGGGCGGCCGUCCGCGUCCGCUUCGGGCCGGACGAGGACGAGGCCGAGGAGGAGAGCCCGGGCCCCGGGGCCGAGGCCUCCACGGUCCGGCCGGCGCCCGCCACCAUGGCCCCGGCCCCGGAGGACGCGCCCACGGUGGCCCCGGGCUCGGCCCCCGCGGGCCGAGGCCUGACGGACCUGGAGAUCGGCAUGUACGCCUUGCUGGGCGUCUUCUGCCUGGCCAUCUUGGUCUUCCUCAUCAACUGCAUCGUCUUCGUGCUCAAGUACCGCCACAAACGCGUCCCCGUCGAGGGCCAGACCGGCACGGACCACUCCCACCACUGGGUCUUCCUGGGCAACGGGCAGCCCCUGCGGGCCCGGGGCGACCUCUCCCCGCAGCCCGGCGGGCCCGGGGACCCGCUGGAGGCCUCGCCCGCCCGCCGCCACCCCGACGGCGCCGGUGGCGGCGGCUCCUCGCCCGCCAGUGUCCAGAGCCAGGCCCACGGGCGGGGGGACGGCUCCUCGGGGGGCUCGGCCCGGGAGCAGGCCGAAGACCCCGUCCACUCGCCCACGUCCAAGCGCAAGCGGGUCAAGUUCACCACCUUCGCCACCCUGCCCUCGGAGGAGCCCGCCUACAACUCGGUGCCCGUCGGGGACGAGGAGGACCCGGAGUGGGGGCCGCCGGGGGUCCCGCGGGAGGAUGGGCACGGCUACGGGAGCCGCGUCCGAGACGUCGCUUAGACCCCCCCGCCGCUCGCUCCCUCGCUUGCCGCUUCGCCCGCCCCCCGACGGGACCCCCGCGGCCGGCAGGGCCGGGGAAGGAGGAGAGAGCGGCCCGCCGUCCCGUCCCCGUCUGAGAAGCCACGGGCGGGCUGGGGAGGCCGGGACCCCGGCACGUGCCCGCUGGCCCCGCCGCACGAUGACUUUUCUCGGACCUCCGUUCGGGGUUGCCGGCGUGGGGAGACUGGCCGAUGGCAUCCAUGCGCCGUGACCCCUGGCACCCCGGCGGUCAGCCCCCCGGCCCUCGUCCCUCCCCUUCGCCCGCUGCUCCCGUUGCCACCAUCGGGCCCGGAUGCCACGCGGAGAGCGGGAUUAGGGGGCGGAACGGGCCGGCUCCCCUCGGCGGGGGUACGGUGUGAAGUUGCCGGUGGGGAAGGGUCCCCUCUCCCCCUCUCGGAGGCUCCGUCGGAGAGCCGACGGCCACGCACGGAUCCGCUCGCUCGGGGCGGAGGAGAGGGGCGAGGAAGGCCCGACUCCCGCGCUGGGCACCCGGUCCCGUCCCCCCCUGUCCGUGCCGGCCUCCCGCUCAGCCCAGAGCUUCCCCCGCGCCCCCGGCCUCGUGCCCGCUUCCUCUCCGGCCCGACGCCGGCGGCUCCGCCGAGGCCCGGGGCCCCCCGCGGCCCCCUCCCCGGUGCAGGCCUCUCGGCGGGCACGGGGGACCCAGAAAGAGUCCGAUCAGAGGGGGCCGCGGACGGUGGAACCGGGGGGACCCCGGGGAGAGGCCCGGGCCGGGACUGUCUCCGCCGCUGUGUCCGCUUCUUCUGAAAUAAAGGAAGGGGAGAGGCCAA